AUGGCAUCCACUUACAUUACUCUUCACACCGAGAGUGGACACGCGUUCCGGUGGACCGAUGACUAUGACGGAGCAUCGAUAGUUGACCUCCAGAGCUUUCUCCGGCAGAUACACGAAGCCGCCGCAUCCAUCGAAGGUGAAUUGAUGAAGAGACAGCCCGAAAGACUAUCAACCAUCCCUGGUGAAGUCGGCAAGUGCUGUAAGCGCCUACACAACACCGCGAGAGAGCUGGAUGUAAGGGAACGCUUGGACAGCAAAGCAAUGAAGCACGCCAACGAUGCAGUGGAUAUUCUUCUUACCUCUAGGACAAACGUGCAAUCGAGGCCUUAUCAGGAGUUUCUUUACGAUAUCCUCUACCACUGUGGGCCAAGCGUGACACUUCUUUGUGCUGCAAGCUUUGGGAGGAAGAAAAUCAUUGACCUUGGGAAGCAUGGUCGCAUAAGCUUACUGGAAUACGUGAGGAGCAUACGGCGUCUGCUCGAGACGCCCACUCUCGAAGAACUAGCCAACGAGCAUAAAAUACCUGAUCCAAGCAGUUCGUGCAUCUUGCCAAGUUGA